AUGGUUCAAAUUCAAACUACCUACUCCUCAAAGCCAGUUGAAGUUGCCGUCAGUGCUGAAAAGUUGAUUCAAUUCCUCUUGGAUGUCCAACAAUGCGCCAAAUGCUACCCAUUCGUCGACAAGGUCGAACAAGUUUCCGCCGGUGUCUUCCGUUGGACCAUGCAAGAGCGUAAGGUCGGUAGCAUUCAAAUGAAGGCUGUCCACAUCACCAAAUACACCCGUUCCGGUAACAGCAUCACAUGGGAGAACCUCCAAGGUGGUAACAUGUCAUCCACCGGAAAGUGGACCGUCAACGGUACCGGUAACAAAUCUACUCUCCAAGUUGAGGCUACCGUCGAGACUGACAUUGAAAUUCCAAAGUUGUUGGUCGGUUUCGCCAAGACCAUGGGUCAACGUGAAAUGGCUCAAUCAUGGGAUGCCUAUCUCAUCUCGCUCAAAAAGACCGCUGAAUCCGGUAAGAUCACCAAGGUUGCUCCAGUUGAAGAUGUUGUCGUCAAGGAUCAAAAAUUCGAAAAGGUCCGUCUCCAAGAAAACUUGAGAACUGAAAACUAUAACACUAUGGUUUCUGAUUAUUAUGAUAUCGUUACUGAGACUUACCAAUCUGGUUGGGGUAACCAUUUCCAUUUCGCUCCAUUCAAGACUCCAACUGAGACUUUGGAGGUUGCCGUCACCCGUUUGGAACACGAAGUUGCCGAUUCCGCCAGAAUCACCAAGGACAGUUUUGUAUUGGAUGUCGGUUGCGGUGUUGGUGGACCAACUCUCGAGAUCGCCAAGUACACCGGAUGUCGUAUCCGUGGUCUCAACAUCAACAAGAAGCAAGUCGGUAUUGCCACUGAGCGUGCAAAGAAGUUGGGUCUCUCUGAGCGUGCCGGUUUCGACCACGGUGAUGCCAUGAAGAUGCCAUACGCCGACAACACCUUUGACGUCGUCACCUUCUUCGAGUCAACCUGUCACAUGCCAGACAAGCAAGCAUUCAUCAAGGAGUGUUACCGUGUCUUGAAGCCAGGUGGUCGUCUCUCUGGUUCCGAGUGGCUCCAAUGCGAGAAGCCAACCGAGAAGGAUAUCAUCCAAUUCAUCGAGCCAAUCUGUGCCCAUCACUCUGUCCCACACAUGGGUUCACUCUGCUCAUACCGUUCCAUGAUGGAGAAGGCUGGUUUCUACGUACACAUCGCCAUCGAUCUCACUCAAUGCGGUGACAUCCUUCGUAAUUGGGAGAUCUUGGACAACAAGACCAUCAACACCUUCAAAGCUUUGCCAAAGGGUUCAGUCGAUCCAACCAUUGAAAUGAUGAUUUCCGGUGCUAUCGCCUUGUCCGAAGGUGCUCGUGCUGGUGCAUUCGUUUUGGGUAGAUUCAUGGCUUCAAAGGAUAUUCCAAAGGCCAAACUUUAA